UUAGGAAAUUACACUCUUUCAGCUGAUACAUAAAAAUCAGAGCUUUAAGACCUAAUUAUCUAUGGAAAUAACGAAGAAAAAUAACUAUUUAUAACGAGUUUUCGUAUUUGCAGCAAACGAGAAAGAACACAGGUAAAAGCGAAAAACAAACGAUUUUGAAGACGGGGUUCCUUUGCUAUUAUAUCUAGAAAAAAAUGUUGUUAAUCGGCAAGAACAUUAACAAUGGACGAGAUGAUUUCGACUUUUCUUUUUGGAUUUACUCAGAGUUUGCGCUUCAGCACAUGUUUGGCUUGCGGUUUUUCAAAAUGUAGUUUCUUGUUCCGAGUUCACACUUUGUGACGGUAUUCCUAGAGAUGUCACAUCAGAGAAUGUUUAUAAACAACUUCGUACAACGAAUAAAGUUCUGUAAAUUUUAUCUGAAGUAAUUAUUAUUAUUUCUCGAGAGUUUAAACGAAAUUUAACUUGUUAUAAUGAAUUCAAAUACGAGAUUCUUUCCGUUAAUAAGCUCAAUUCAAAAAGUAGCUUUAUUCGAAACCAAAUCGAAAUUGUAUCUCGUGGGAAGUAAUAGCAAAGAAACCCGCUUUCGUCUGCUAGAAGUGGAUCGGCGGUCCGUGGAGCUAACUAUUCAUGAGGAUGCUAGCGAGCUUAAGAAAUCGGACAUUCGAAAGUUUGUCCAGUCUCGGUCCUUCAUUCGAUCAAUUAGCGCUUAUGGAGUGCUAGGUUUUGUCAAGUUUUUGGAAGGUUACUACCUGAUUCUUGUGACCAAACGUACUCGUUGUGCUUUUAUUGGCAAGCACAUAAUCUACACUAUCAAGGAUACGGCAAUGAUUCGGGUUAACGAAACAGCGGCUGGAAAACAAGUGCACCCUUUGGAACAGCGUUAUGUAAAAAUGUUCUGUAAUGUGGACUUGAAGAGCAACUUCUAUUUCAGCUACAGUUAUGACCUUACACGCAGUCUACAAUAUAACCUUUCGGCACCGAGAUUUGUCGGGUCGCAGUGUGACAUAGAGCACGAUGAGCCACUUGAGUGGAAAAACGUUACAGGUGAAAGGACCACCUAUGCCUUUCGAGGGGUAUCCCGCGAUCGGUUUGUGUGGAACGCCUAUCUGUUAAAACCGAUGGAUAUGGUUUUACACAAAGAUUGGAAGCUAGAGGUUAUACAUGGGUUCAUCAGCCAGUCUAGUAUUAGCAUUUUUGGCAGGCCAAUUUAUGUGUGCUUGAUUGCAAGGAGAAGCACACGAUUUGCCGGAACUAGAUUUUUAAAGCGCGGUGCAAAUUACUUCGGUGAUGUUGCCAAUGAAGUUGAAACAGAGCAAAUCGUACUAGACGGUACUCGCAUGUGCAGUUACACUCAGUUGCGUGGAUCUGUCCCAUCGCACUGGUCACAAGAUGUGAGCAAAAUGGUUCCCAAACCACAGAUAGCUCUAGACUUGUCCGACCCGUAUGGAGAAACGUCAGGCAAACAUUAUGAGCGGCUAAUGUUUCAUUAUGGAGCACCAAUCAUUAUUCUGAAUUUAGUGAAGAAGCGCGAAAAAAGGCGCCACGAAAGCGUAUUGAGCGAUGAAAUGGUCGGGAGCGUGGACUAUCUCAAUCAAUUUCUUCCACCGCACUUCCGUAUCAGGUACAUUGAUUUUGACAUGGCAAGGAAAAGUCGUGGUACAGGAAAAGUGAUGGAAAGUUUGGCUAAAUAUGCGGAGAGCGUAAUUCAACAAACGGGCAUGUUUUUCCUGGACGAAGAAAUGACUACUCAGCAAACGGGGCUCGUACGUACUAAUUGUGUAGAUUGUUUAGACCGUACAAAUACUGCGCAGUUUGCAAUUGGCAAAUGUGCAUUAGCUUAUCAGUUGUACGAGUUAGGGUUUUUGAAGGAAAGAAAGCUCGAGUUUGAAUCUGAUUGUGUGACCAUGCUGGAGAAUUUAUAUGAGGACCAUGGUGAUACACUUGCUCUUCAAUAUGGUGGCUCUCAACUUGUGCAUCGAAUAAAAACGUAUCGGAAAACGGCAGCCUGGGCCUCCCAAGGAAACGAUAUUAUACAAACAUUAAGUCGAUACUGUAGCAACACUUUCAGUGAUACUGAAAAACAACACAGCAUCAAUCUCUUUCUGGGUUACUACAUUCCAUCAGAAUCGGAAGUUACGAAAUCAACCCACAUUUGGGAUUUGGAAACCGAUUUCUAUAUCCACAACUCGCGUUUUGAUGUGAUCCGGAAAAUUUCACCGAUACCGUUAACGCAAUGGGUUCGACGAUUCGUCAUGAAACAGCUCCCAUACUCAACUAGCGACAACAAUCGAGUUGUCAACGAGCUGAUCAAAAUUCACUCAACUGAUGCUGAAAUAAUUGAUUACUAUUCAAACUUUUACUAUGAUUUUAAGCUGACAUCCUUCGAAGAAAAUAUUGCAUUUCAGCUAAGCCAUUUGGCUCGCAACUUUGUGCCCACCUUCCGUACCAAUUACAGUCCUUUCGAACCGACCCGGCGUCGAGAAACAGCGGCCAUAAAAAAUCCCUCACUGAGCGGACAAUCGUCCACCAGCUCUACUAACAGCUCAUCUUCUAGUUUGGAUGAUGAUUCAGACUCGGAGGACGAUGACCGGAGCAUUCGCAAUACGGCAGCCAAUAGUAGCGCCAACAGCAGCCGAGCCGAGGAUCCUGUUACAAUUAACAGUAUGUUUCCAAUGACGGUAGACGUCUAUGGUUUCGAAAUCCAUACUCCAAAAAAGGCUGACAUGAUUAAGUAUCAGAAAUACGUUCACAUGAAUCGAAUCUGUAAUCCUCAGUUGUAUGCUGGUGUGAAACCAGAACAGCAUUAUCAGCUUCAUACAAACAUUCACACUCAGUCUCAACCCGGAGGAAUUGUUUUACAAAAUAAUGAAAUUUGUUUCAACAACGACGAGAGACUUACGAAGACGUCAGAGAAUAUCUCAAUGCCGACGGUUAGUGCCGAAAGUGUAGCUAUUUAUGAAAACUAUUGUUAUACGCAGCAACGCAUCAUGCAGCAGACUGAGAUCGAUCCCAUUAUUUUGAAAUAUGUGCAAACUUACGCUUAAUGGUCUGCAAUAAUUGCUUAAAUAAAUUGCUAAUUGCAAUAA